ACGCAGGCCAUGCCCGGGGACUCCCCAGCACUGUGGGAGCUAGUGGAGGAGCAUGUUCCACUCCCGGAGCGGCCUGAAGUGAAGAGGAUUCUGGGAGAGGCAGCAGUGGACCUGAGUCUGGAGUUGAGAGAGGAGGUGGGAGUCCGGUGGGUGGGGGUGAGCCACAUUCCAGGCCUGCCCUGCAACUCUAGUGAUUUCCUACCACCACCAGGUCCCUAACCCUAUUUGGUGACCCCCCACCCCCCAACACCUUGUUCUCACUGUCUGCCCUUGCUGUUUAGCUCCUCCCAUCCCUUGACAACCCUCAACCAACACACUUAAACCCAUCCCCUCUGCCCCAGUGGCAAGGUACCCCAGCUCUCCUUACAGGUGGCGAUGCUAAAGGCGCUGCUCCAAGAGAUCCAGUCUUCUCAAGUUUCCAACUCUGCCUCUUCCUCCCUACUGGCACCACCCCCCCUCUUGAGGGAUCUCAUUCGCCAAGAACUCCGACAGUUACUCCAAGGCCUCCGCCUUAAAGCUAUCAGUGAGGGCAGGGACCAGACCCAGAUGUGGGCCCAGUAUAGUCCCAGGGUCCUUCGCUUUGCCUUAGAGGAUCCCAGGUGUGACUCAACACAACAGGAACUACUCCCGAUGAGAGCCGAUGAGCCCAGGGCUGGAAUGAACAACCCAGAGAGGGUGAUGCUAAGCUCACCUGUCAGCAGCUGUCCCAGGGACCUCACUGUCAUCAAGGACCAACUGAAUGUGUCUAAUAUUGACCAAGUUGUCAGACACCUGAGAAGCCUUCUGGAGGAGGAGUGUCACACUUUGCAGAAAGAGAUCUCUGACCUGCAGCACUGUCUGGAAAUGGAGCAGAUGCAGGCUUGCCAGCCCUCCAAGGACACCCAAAUGCCCACCCUGGGAGAGAUUAAGGAUCAGAAGAAGGCCAUGGAACGGGAGCUACAGGUCUCUCUGGGACCUUCCUGUACCGCUGCCAAGCACAGGCAGAAGCCUUUGAGGUCAUCCAUUCCCAGCCUUAGACCCUUCCCUUGUCUCCAUGGCUACAUGCCUACACCUCCUUCGGAGCACUGCCCCCACCCUCAAGGGCAGACAAGCACCCGCCGCUGGGGACGGCAACUUCGGUACAGCUAUUGCAAAGAGACAACUUCCACAUCAGUUUCCAGUGCAGCAUCCCAGGCACCGACCUGA